AAAAUAGAACAAUUUUAACUGCGCAAUUCCACUUCCUGUUAUUAUGAGAAGUGACGCGGGAAUGAAUCCCUGAAUAGUUAUUUAGCAAUUGAGUGUAUUUCUUAUCUUCAAAUGGAUAUCGUACUAUGUCCAUAAGAGGCAUAAAGUUCAUCUAUUCUGUAGGAGAACCCGUCCUCUGUUUUGAACCAGAUCCGACAAAGGCCCGAGUACUUUAUGAUGCAAAGAUAUUAGAUACAGAUGUUACACACAAUAAACAUGGCCAGAGAAUUCCUGCAUAUCACAUCCAUUUCCAGGGUUGGAAUACCAGCUGGGACAGAGUAGUUGCAGAAAAUUCUAUUUUGGAAAACACAGAAGAAAACAGAAUACUUAUGAAGCAGUUGUCAGAUGCUACUAGAAGGUUUAGUUCAAAUAAGAGCAGAAAUAAACAUAUAGAUGCCAUUUUGAGAAGAACAUUUAAGGGGAGAUCACCCUUGGCAGAAAGUGACGAUGAUCAGCAGAAUGUGUCAGAUGAAGAAGAUGAUGACUUGGAAGAGGAAAGUGGAGAUGAAUCGGAAGCAAAUGGUAGAAUAGACGAUGAUGAUGAGAUAGAAAAUGGCGUACAGAAUGGUGAUCAUGACGAGGAUGAAGACAGUCAGAGUCUGGAGGGAAGUGAAAUUAGUGGGAAAAGUAAUAAAAGUGAAGAUAGAAAGAAAAAGUUGCUGUUAGAAUUUGAAAUCCCUGAAGUAUUGAAGGAAGAGUUAGAGAAAGAUUACUUGUCCAUAAAUAGAGAUGAUAUGCUUGUUUCUCUGCCUGCAGAACACAAUGUGAUCAACAUUUUAGAGAGUUUUGUGAAGACUUUUUGUGUAAACCUGAUGUGUGGUACACCAGGAAAACCUAGAUAUUUAGAUAAAGAGGGGAACAAUAUACCAUUUGAAAAGAACAUACAUUUAUGUAAAGAAUUAGUAGAUGGACUUAGGAUUUGUUUUGACUAUACCUUACCAUUAGUUUUGUUGUACGACAAUGAGAGACAACAGUAUGGCAAGUUACAAACUACUUACAAGAACAAAGGGGAAACUAAAACUAGCAUGCAGUCCCCAGGCAGACCACCAGGAAGAGGGAGACCUGCAAAACAUCAUACACCAGCCUCCUCCUGUAAUGGAGAACCAUCACCAAAGUUACCAAAGCUUUCACCAAAAAUAUUUAAAAAAGAAAAAAUAGAUUUUACACAAGAAGAGGAGAUAACUCCUAGAAGAUUGACCAGACAAUCAAUACAUGAAGUUGUGAAAAAAGACACAGAUAAAGUUUCUGGUACUGAAUCAUCAUCUGCAGACGACAAUGAAAGGGACAUAGACAAAAAAUCAGACAGUGUCGCAUCCAGUCAUAAAAGAGGUAGAAAAAGACGUAAAUCAAGUGGAAACAAAGAUCUGUCAGAACUUAAAGAGGAGGAAAUACCUCCUGAGAAGCCUGGACCAUCUAAACGUCGUGGAGACAGGCCUCCUCCAUUGUUAUUACCCAGUGCUGUUUCGGGUCAGGAUAAAACCCAGGAGUCAACAGGAAGUAACGAAAGUAGUGACAGUAAUACAGCAGCAAAUAGAGAAGAUGUUAUAAACAGUGUGUUGUCAUGGCAACUACUCCCACCAGAAGCUUAUCAAACAUAUGCUCCAUCUUUAGUGUAUGGCGCACAGCAUCUACUUAGAAUUUUUGUAAAAAUGCCUGACUUGAUCAUGUCCAUGGAUAUGAGUGAAUCUAAAGUACAGGCUUUAGUCAGCUUGCUAGAACACUUUCUUGAUUAUUUAACAGAAAGAAGAACAGAGUUAUUUACAUCAUCAUCUUACAAGACUGCAUGAAAGAAUUGUUUGUUGUCAAGAAACAGAAUUAUAGUUCAUUAAAUAGGGCAUACAUUUUACAAAAUAUAUAUGAUAAAAAACAAAGACUCAACAAUAUUUAUCUGCUUAUUAUGGAAGUUAUGAAAGGAUUUUACUGUAACAAGUGAGGCUGUUUUGAACCCAUUUCAUUGACAAUCUGAAAAGAAGAACUAUGUGAAAGUUGUAAAACGAUAAGGAAGAAAUACAUUUGCUCAUAAAUUGUUUCAUUUAACACAUUUAUCUAUUCAUGUCAUUAUGACAUAGCCCAACAGACAAUCUAUCAUAUCACUUUGUCAUUAAAAUAUAUUGGGCUCAUUUUCAUUGAAACUGAUUUUAUGUGGCCUUGAAAAAAAGUUUUGCAAACAUUUUAUUUCUUGUUUGAAGUAAAAAAUAUUUGAUUUUUGUUGAGUAAUUAUCCAAAUAAUUCAUUGUAAUAUAUUUUUUUCAUGCAUUUGUCACAUCUAAUCAUAUAUCAGUAAUCAUAAAAUAGUACAAUGAAAAAAAAUCUUUUCUGAAACAACUUAACCAAUAUAAACCAAAAGUUGUCAAGAAAUAUCAUAAGGCUGUCUUGGUCAAAUCUUUUUUGCAAUGAUGAAGAGAAGAUAGUGUUACAUUACUAAUUUUGAGUGAGAAAAAUGUGAAGCUGCUAUUGCAGGAUUGAGACAUUUUUACCUUUAAACUUUCCUUACUUUUAGUUUCAAAGGUUCUCAAUCUAUGUUGCUCUUACCUGACAUACAUUUAUUUGUUAUUAUAUUUGUGUUGUUAAGUUCAAUAUUUAGUGCAUGCCAGGAUUUAAACAGUAGAAAACAAUACCUAAGUUUUACUCCCCACCUAUUUUGGAAAUGGGUUAUAAAUUUUCUGAUCUGUGUGUCCUUCCAAAAAUUCUGUUUAUCCUUCGUAUACCCAGUUAGAUUUUAAGCAUGGUAGUUUUCCAUGAUAUUGCAGUCAUAACAACUUCAUUCUUAGUUCACAAUGUAAAAUUUAUGAAUUUGUAUCUGGAUCUAAUGAAUUAUGGGUAUAUUUAUUGUUGGUAUUAAAAUUGUGUCAUGUCAUUUGUCAAAUUUCCAUUGUUUAGGAUGUUUUUAGCCAAUCAAAACAUUUUGUUGUACUCUACUGAAAAUAUUACCCAGAAUUCAUAAGAUUCUGAAACAGUGAAUUACAUAACACCAAUUACACAGAUCACUGGUCAUAAAAAUGUGAUAGUUGGAAAUUAAGGUUAAAGUUUUUGGGUUUUGUUUAUUUUGAAUGAAAAUUAAUAAACAAAUUACAAUGUUGACCUGAUUUCAUGGUUCAGAGAACAAAUUUGAAAGUACAUGUAUGAGUAGGGGCUGAUGUUCUUUGGACUCAUAUUAUUGUUUGGUUUAUAAACCAUUUGUUGUUGUUAGGUUUUACAAUGAAUUUUUGAAAUUGAUUUGAAUUUGAAAUUAAAAUAGUUAAGCAGGAAAUAUAGUUUUAUGUAGUAGAUUUUAUUUAUAUAUUUGUCAGCAAUUGGAGUAACGCAAUGUUUCAUUCAUUUGUAAAAUUACAAUAUUUUAACCAAAGGUACAUUUUGUGUGUGCAUUUUUACUCUUUGAAAGUUUUACAUCCAAACAUUAAAUUGAAAUUAAUGCAAACAAUAUUAUUAGAAUCGAAAGUCUUAAUUUCAAAUGAGGUAAUUAUUGACUUUUUGUUUUAUUUGUAUCACACUCAUAUGAGGUAUUCAGAUCCUGUGUCUGAGCAUGGGUUACAAGGUUAUGAUGACACUCAAUUUUACUUUCUAUUCUGGUAAUUAUAACAUCAGCCAAUGAAGUUUCAGCCUUCAAAUUUCUGAAGGUAUGUAUCAAUCCGAUAAAACCAAAAGAUCCCAAAAGAUCUGUAAAACAGGAAGUAGAUUAGAGCAUUUUCAGGUCAUUGUAAGCAAAGCUGAGACACAUAAUAUGUAUUUUAAUUAGAUUGACACAAGAUAUUUAUUUUGUAAGUUUGUAAAUGUAAGAUGUUUGCAGCAACUAAGUACAUAAAACUCCAUUGUACAAUAUCAUAGAAUGUGUUGAAUAUUUUUGUAAAAUAUUUGUUCCUAUUCUUAUUCAUAUCUUUAAAUGUUGAGUUGUAUAUAUUUUUAGAGUUCAUAUGCUUGCAUGAUUUUAAAAUUUAGUGUUCAUGUAGAUAUAUUUAAUAAAUGUGUCAUGUUCAAAAACUC